ACCAAGAAUGGCUUGCAAUGUCAGAUCUGCAUGCAACACGGGAGCGGUAUGCCCUCACAGACUACGACAGAGACGUUACCGAGGCGAAAGUCAACGAAAAUAGAGCCUUGAUCGAAAACCUUGAGUCCACGCAAACGCAAGACGAUCGAACGCUGUCAACUAUGAAGCACCCGGAGUCGUCAACAUACUUGGAAACAUCACUGGACGACCAGACAGACCUGACGUGGAUUGGACGACUUCGUAACGGAUUGUUGACUGCCUUUUUUGCAAAGACGAUUGAAAUAUCGUUCGCGACGGUGUUUGUAGCCUUUCUCGGACAGGUCGUGUCUCGCAAGGCCCUUGACACCCGUCCGAACGGAGAUACAAUGAAGCGGGGCAUUACUCUAGCUGACAUCGAUCUGCGGGCUUGGGUCGUGCAGCCAGGGACAAUGCUUACCCAUUUCGCCUCGUUCAAGUCCUCCGUUCUCUCAGCUCUAGGAGCAUUCUCGUUGGUUGCCGCCAUUUCGGCUCUGCUGUACACCACAGCAUCUGACGCCUUGGACGUCGAUUUCAGGCUGUGGGUAGAGAAUGACCUGCUGAGAACGUCUGCCAAUANNGUUCAACCUAACCUUCGAACUAUAUCCAAGUAUAUCAGCAUGCAAGGAUUGGUGAAGAGUCCGUUCGCCAAUCAGAGAUAUCUCCAAAGCAACUGCCACUCCCCAAUCGCAUAUCAACCAUCAGACGAGUCUUCGAGCUCGUGCUUGUCUCUUCAGUUCGCUGCCCGGGGCUUCUUCGACUUCUCAAAUUUUUAUACAACUUGGAGUGAGAUAUCAAGCAAUGGCAAUGUAUUCAGUGAUCUUUCUAGGCGACCAGAAGCAGCUUCUUUGCUGCACACAAACAUAACCGUCACAGGUUCAUGGGUUGAUGAUGUUGAUGGUCGUAUGAAUUUUGGAAGGUACGGCAGGAUUAUCAACAAUAUCACACUAGCGAUGCCUCAUCCUGGCGUUCUGACUGCCGCACGCGAUGAGAUCAACAGAAUUGUCCAACCGGAGAGACAAGACAAGCAAGCUGGCUACACCCUCCACGCAUCCGUUCCGUCUCCUGCUGUCAAUGUUAUGUGUGUCAACAUGAAUGCAACAGAACUGGAGCCCAUCGUGUACACAGCGUGGGGCAACACUCUCAAUGCCACUUCCUGGUCCACAGGCGCCGCACUAGGAUGGUAUACACCUUACACGUAUCUGAACAAAACAGUGGUCGACGACAUCUUCCAUUGGGGAGAGGCAUACAGAACUUCACCGCCGGUGUUUGCCACGUAUCCUGCCGAUCACAGUACGCUCCUCAACCAUACUGGAGCAUAUGGCCGUAAAGCGGUUUAUCUCUUAGGAAAGGGAGAUACUGACGAUUACGCCCUCUGUUCUAUCUCGGCUUUUCUGACUCCUUUCUGCUAUACUAGUUAUAGCGUUUCAUCCGAUACUGCGAGUCUCAGGUCAAAUUGUUCCGAUCAUGCUGAGGGACCUCACCCAAUGCGAUAUAUAGACAGUCUGAAGAACACGACGUCAGGCGAAGCCAAUGUCAACAUGGACUGGCCCUAUUUGAUGGCAUACUGGUCCGACAGUCUAAUGCUGAAUGCGGGACUCAAUGGAAGCGUCUCCAACAAUGCACAGAUCCUCACUCAACUGAUAAUGAUCAAGCAAUUACUGACUUUGGAUGCGCCAAGCAUGGCCGAAGGUAUUGCAGUGAUGGCCGCAAGCGCUCUACUGAUGGCUNUCCGAAGGAUUCCCUUUGUGCAAUUCUGGAAUUACACGCGUACCAUCUUGAAACCCGGCCAAUACCAAUGGUUCAAUGCGUCUCUGAAGACGCAGAUGUACGCUUCUGGAGGCAACGGAGAAGCCGGAACUCAAGCCUUCUUCAUCGUCCUCGUUACAGUCUUCCUCAUCAACAUAAUCUGCCUCAUCUACUUCAUACGCGGCGAUGGAUUGGUCACUGAUUAUACAGAGACCUUGAACUUGUUCUCGCUCUCGAUCAAUAGUCCGCCCUCUGACUUCAUGGCGGGAAGUUGUGCCACUGGUCCCACUGACAAACAUUUUGGUUCUGGAUGGAUCAUUGAAGAUGACGGAGAGGAUUUGUCUCUGAUAAAUCUGGAAGAUUUGGAACCCAAGACGGAACCAGAUAUUCAAGACACUGUGGAUGACUCUGUCAUGUCU